GAAUGCUCAAUUUCCUGUUCGUUGUGCAGCUGUGAUCUUUGGCAGAAAUAUUCAUUUUUCCAUCCGUUUUUCCGCUGGUCAUUGUGGUGCAUUGGGACAGUAUAAAACCAGAGCCAGGCUGCACUUCAACAACAGACAGUGAAAAGCAACUCAAACGCAUUUCGAACACUUUCGACCGCCACACAAUUUCUGCUUUUACUAUGGAUCCCUCCAACAAGCCCAAAGGCCCGUCUCCGCACUACUCGCUAUAUCAGCGAGAAAUGUUCAAGCGAGGCGGCGGCCACGGAAUUAUGCCCUCAUUCUCUGUCCAUCCGGACGAGCUUGCAGACUCAACGAAACGCAAGCUGAAUGACCAUGGAUAUUUCUAUGCAAACUCAAAUGCAGGAAUGGGUUGGACUGACCGUGCUAACCGUGAAGCAUUCUACCGAUGGCGUAUCAUUCCUCGCAUGCUUGUCGAUACGAAUACCCGUGAUUUGACGACAACAUUGUUCGGUCACAAGAUACCUGCGCCAAUUCUUUUCGCUCCGAUAGGAAUAAACAAACUGUACACUCCGAAGGGCGAACUUGUCCCUGCAAAAGUAGCAGGGGAAUUGGGUUUGCCCUAUUGCUUAUCCACAGCCGCAUCGAACUCUAUCGAAGACGUCGCGGUCGCAAAUGACGAGGGUGCAAGUGUGCCCAACGAGAGUAACUCCAUUCACGCAUACGACGGACCAAAUGGUGGGAAUCCUCGUGCAAAAGCACCCCGAUUCUAUCAGCUAUAUGCGGGCCAUGAUGACGAAGUGACACUGAGUCUAAUGGAGCGUGCUUGGAAGAGCGGCUUCGACGUCUUAAUGUUUACCGUCGAUACAUGGCAGCUCGGCUGGCGUCCAACAGAUAUCAGUCUUGCAAAUUACGUUUUCUAUUAUCCGCCGGGUCAAAUCGGGAAUGAGAAUGGUCGCUCAGACCCGGUUUUCAUGCGCAAAUACGGAGAACAAGAGCUUCAAAAGGAUUCCGGUAGGUGGAUAGACACGAGCGUCUGGCAUGGUAAAGCGCACACAUGGGAAAAGGUCGAAUGGCUAAUCAAGGAGUGGAAGCGCAUAUCUGGUGGUAGCCCUUUUGUCCUGAAAGGUAUCCAAAACGUUGCGGAUGCGCGCCGAGCUGUUGAACUCGGAUGCGAAGGCAUUGUUGUAACAAACCACGCGGGACGUCAAGUUGACGGUGCAGUUGGCUCACUUGAGGUCCUUCCAGAGAUUGCAGAGGCAGUCGGUGACAAAACGACGAUUAUAUUUGAUUCUGGUAUCCGCACGGGCUCCGAUGUAUUCAAAGCUAUCGCGUUAGGUGCACAUGUAGUUGAGGUUGGAAGGCUGUACGUAUGGGGCAUGUCGCAUGAUGGUGAACACGGAUGCCGGCAUGUCAUGAAAUCUCUUCUGGCAGUGUGUAUAUUUUUGUUUCACCAGUCUAUCCGGUAGGAACGCAAUGGGAGCUUUGCUGAUGGAUGUUCUCUUCCCAUACUCUGAUUGCAGGAUUUGGACAUUACAAUGACUGUUAGCGGAUAUCGUUCGAUUGAGAAGGAUGUAUAUGGGAAUAAGGAGGCAUUGAGAUACAAUCCGUACGGCAUUCCACCUCCGAGGGGCGAGCAUGCAAAACUUUGAAACGGACUGGAUUAGGAUGUUCCUUAGGAGACGAAUCGUGAACGGGAUUCACAAAAUGACGUUAUGAUACAUUCGACCAAGUAUUAAAGAAUGGUGUACAAACUGUGCUAUACGUAGAAAAUCCGACAUGAACGAAAC